UCUGGGUGGACAGAAUAUGUUUUAUUCCACGGAAAUCAUGGAUGGAAGGCAGAUUUAAUGAUUUGUUCCAUCUUGUCUCCCAUAGGACGAAAUAAUAUCCUACCAGUCCCUAGUCUCAGAGUGGUGAACCGUGCAGCCAGCAGGCCUCCUGAAAAAAAAUCCAUGGGUGAUAGAAGAUUCACUGACUUCCAAUUCCAAGAUUUAAAUUCAAGCCUCAGACUCCAGUUGGGCAAUGCUACUGCCCAUAAUACUUGCAUUGUUGAUGAUUCCUUUAAGUAUAAUUUGAAUGGUGCUGUCUACAGUGUUGUAUUCAUCCUGGGUCUGAUAACCAACAGUGCCUCUCUGUUUGUCUUCUGCUUUCGCAUGAAAAUGAGAAGUGAAACUGCUAUUUUCAUCACUAAUUUGGCUCUAUCUGAUUUACUCUUUGUCUGCACUCUACCUUUCAAAAUAUUUUAUAAUUUCAACCGCCACUGGCCUUUUGGUGAUACUCUCUGCAAGAUCUCUGGAACUGCAUUUCUCACCAACAUCUAUGGGAGCAUGCUCUUCCUCACCUGUAUUAGUGUGGAUCGUUUCCUGGCCAUUGUCUAUCCCUUCCGAUCUCGUACCAUUAGGACCAGGAAGAAUUCUGCCAUUGUGUGUGCUGGAGUCUGGAUCCUAGUCCUCAGCGGUGGUAUUUCAGCUUCUUUGUUCUCAACCACUAAUGUCAACAAUGCGACCACCACUUGCUUUGAGGGCUUCUCCAAACGUAUCUGGAAGACUUAUCUAUCUAAAAUCACCAUAUUUAUUGAAGUUGUUGGGUUCAUCAUUCCUCUGAUAUUGAAUGUUUCUUGUUCUUCUGUGGUGCUAAGAACUCUUCGCAAGCCUGCUACACUGUCUCAAAUUGGGACCAAUAAGAAAAAAGUGCUGAAGAUGAUCACAGUGCAUAUGGCAGUCUUCGUGCUAUGUUUUGUACCCUAUAACUCCAUUCUCUUCCUGUAUGCCCUGGUGCGCUCUCAAGCCAUUACCAAUUGCUUUUUGGAAAGAUUUGCUAAGAUCAUGUACCCAAUCACCUUGUGCCUUGCAACUCUUAACUGUUGUUUUGAUCCUUUCAUCUAUUACUUCACCCUUGAGUCCUUUCAGAAGUCUUUCUACAUCAAUACUCAUAUCAGGAUGGAGACCCUAUUUAAGACUGAAACUCCUCUGACAGUAAAACCUUCCCUUCCAGCUAUUCAAGAGGAAGUUAGUGAUCAAACAACACAUAAUGGUGGUGAGUUAAUGCUAGAAUCUACCUUCUAGGUAUAAGAACUGUCUUUAGGUCCAGAUAUGGUUUCUCCUAUGAUUUUUCCUAUGCUAUGAAUCAGAGAAAAUAUUUGAAGUUAAUGAUACUGAGAAUAGACUAAUGUACUGAAUACAGUCAGAUACAUUUAUUUGAACAUUUACUGUACAUAUGCUGUUUUGUUCAAUAGUUAUAGGUCAGAUCUAAUUACAAAAUAUCAAAAGUGAAUACCAAACUCUUUUGCUGGGUUGAAAUUUCAUUGCAUCACAUUAUAUAAGUGGCCAGUGGCCUUGACUUUAC